CCAGCAGCUCCCCACACCGCAACCAGCCAGUCAGCUCAGCCAACUCCAGAGAAGACGAGUAGCUCCACGUCUGAAGCAGCCGGGAAGAGCACAGCAUCCUCGGAGGAGAAGCCCAGGGCCAAGGAAACAGAAGGGAGGCUGGAUUCCAUGCUGCUUUCGAGUUCGGUGGACGAGGGGUUUGUACAUCUCAUCAACAGUGCUCCUCCCUCCCUGGAGCCCAUCCUGCGACUGAAGCAGUUCCUCGUGCUGGACUCUGGCGGCCAGCCCGAGCUUCUGGAGAUGAUGCCCGUCUUCCUGAGGGGUGCAUCAAAAUUCGUCUACGUCUUGAAGCUCCACGAGUCUCUAGACAAGCGAGCGACGAUCCGUUACUUCAAAGACGGCAAGCUGUGUGGGAGUUCCCAGCCUACCUGACCAACGAAGGGACCCUGAGACUGUGCGUGCGGACCAUGAGGUCCCUGAACAACAAGAACCCCGACAUCGCUCCCGCCAAAAUGAUGUUUCUAGCCACCCACCGAGACAUGGUGGCAGACGAGCAUCUGCCCGGAGUGCUGGACACUCUGCACAAGAGGCUGAGGGAGAUCCUCUUGCCUCAGUUCAGGGAGCAGCUCAUCUACUGCGAUACGAAACGGGACGACUUUGUUUUCACACUGAAUGCGGCAAAGCCGGAGAAGGAGGACAGGGAGUGUGCUGAGAGCAUUCGGGAGUGUCUUAGCGAGGUGGAGGAGGGGGAAGGGAGGUGAAAGUGCCGUUGCGAUGGUACGCUCUGUACCAGAAGCUGCUGGAGGUGGCAAAUGAACUAGGGAAGAAGGUGCUGCCUCGAGAGCUGUGCCAGCAGGUGGCAGAGUCGAUGGAGAUCGAUGACGAGUCGUGUGGGGAAGCCCUGAACUUCUUUGACGGUCUGAACAUGCUGUUCUACUUCCCCGACAUCCUGCCCCAGCUGGUGUUCAUGGAGCCACAGAUGUUGCUGGAUAAGGUCUCGGAGCUGGUGGAGGAGACGUACCACAUGAGGCAAGGAAAGAAAGCCGUGCCGGGGGAGAGGCUGAGGUUCCGUGACCACGGCGAAGUGACGGAAAAGUUUCUGGGCGAGUUCGAGAGCCACUACGAGCCACCUCUGUUCACACCCAAGGAGCUGGUGACCCUGCUAAAGGGGUUGCUGGUGUUUGCGGAGAUGUCGGAGGACGUGUACUUCAUGCCGUGUCUGCUGCAAGUGGUGGCGUGGAAGGUGGUGGAGGAACACCGAGUGAGUGGCGGGAAAGCCCUGGCUCUUCACUUCCCCGACAGCGGUCCCCUGAUGGGAACGUUCUGCUCCACUGUAGCUUACCUCCUGUCCCCCGAAAACAGUCACCCCUGCCCCUGGAGAGUGGCUCAGAACGAGGAAGGAGCUCCGAAAUGCCUCCAUCGCAACGUCAUCGAAGUUCACCGUUUCAGACUACGCAGGCACCGUGUCACUCAUCGAUCACUUCACCCACUUCGAACUCCACAUACGCACCGCAAAGGAACACGAGGCCGAGCUGUGGAAACUGGCACACGACGCAGUGUUUGCAGGUCUCAAGAAAGCAGGGAAGACCAUCGGCUACACAAACAACACUCCAGUCCCAGCCAUCGUAUGCCCCGCCCACCCCCACCCAGCCAAACCCCACCCCGCCUCCGUUAAGAAGGGAGUGUGGACAUGCUCAAUCGACUCUGAAAGUUUGGAGACAUUGACGAGGACUCUAUUCCAUGGCUGACCCUCUGCACGUCUACCUCUGCUGAGUCAGCCACACCCUCUCUCUCCUCUUCAUCUUCUGCAGUUCCCCCCACCUCCCAGCCUCCCCUCUCUGUCUCCACAGCUCCUGCCUCCUCUACCACUGCCACCACUACUACCAACACUCCUGUGUCAGAGUGUUCCACAGUCUCCUCUCCUACUGCCUCUGUUCCCUCUCCCUCCCUGUCCUCUCCUCCUGUCUCACUACCAACACUACCAACACUCCUGCAAUUCAUGAGAAGAAGAAAGAAGACGAUGAGAUCAGUGAUCGGGACCUUGCAGUAAUUGCCAGGGACCACCUCACCGAUUGGGAGAACCUCCACCCUUUCCUGGGACUCAGCAGAGCUCAGAAGAAGGAGAUCGCCAAAUCCUACCCGGGAGACUACGGGAAACAGAAGAGGGAGUGUCUGGAGGUGUGGAAGGAGGAGAGGGGGAGAGAGGCCACGUACCGAGCCCUCAUCUCGGCCGCAGAGGAGGCGAAGGACCAGGAGUUGGCGGACAACAUCAGAGACAUGUUAGAGAAGACGUGAACAUUAUACCACCAACCACCACUGUCUGUUGCUACCACCCACUGUCUGUUUUCUCCUUACCAUCCAGCAUUCACUGCACACUACACAAAGGCUCCAUUCCAUUCCAGUCUCAUUUCCCAUUCUCA